CGUUCACCGCCGAAUAGCACCCCCUAGCGAACCCUCAGAUAGAUAUCUGAUCCCCCCUUCACUCCUCCAGGCAACAACAUCCCACCGCCCCAAAGCAACCCUCACCUCGUCCAAACGCGGACCCAACCCCACCUCCUCAAAAUCCGCCUCCCAACCCACGCACACCCUCACCGCGGACCAGAAGCAAGAGAUUCGCGAAGCUUUUGACCUGUUUGACACCGAUGGCAGCGGCACGAUCGACACAAAGGAGCUGAAGGUGGCGAUGCGCGCGCUGGGGUUUGAGCCCAAGAAGGAGGAGCUGAAGCGGAUGAUUGGCGAGGUGGAUCGGAGUGGGAGUGGGGUUAUUGAUUUCAAUGACUUUUUGGAGUUGAUGAGUGUCAAGAUGUCGGAGAAAGACACACGAGAGGAAAUCAUCAAAGCCUUCCGCUUGUUCGACGAUGACGAUACGGGCCGGAUCUCUUUCAAGAACCUGCGACGAGUCGCCAAAGAACUCGGAGAGAGUCUUACGGACGAGGAGCUACAGGAGAUGAUAGAUGAGGCUGAUCGGGACGGUGAUGGUGAGAUCAACCAGGAAGAGUUCUUGCGGAUCAUGAAGAAGGCAAACCUGUACUGAAUUCCAAGUGAGAGCAGCUUGUACAUAGGUUUUGGAUAUGCCUGUGAACAGAGAUUUCGCAGAAGACCCACUCGUUCGGAUAUGCUAUGUGCAGUGGAUGAGUGGUAUGAAAGCUAUAUACCACAUUGAUGGCCAGGUCACCCCGGCCAACGUCUCCAGAAACACCCGGUAUAGCAGCUCCAGCCCGAUGUACUGAAUCAUGUACACCGUAUGCAGCCACCAUCCAAACCCAGAUAAUCAGCCAUGGCAAAGCAGGUGCGGGACGAACGCGGUGGCUGUAAUGAGAAUGUGGCGACCGACAAGGCAGGAGGAGGGUCUCAAAAGAGAAGAACGGUGCGAGCCCGCGCCUACAGCAGACCGGCAGCACUGGACGUCGUAUAGUCCAGCUUGCCAGCAGCGAUGGCUCGACGAUCUGAGAACGGCGCGACGACCCUCCACCGAUAUCGCAACGAUCGACAAGUGCUCCGGCAUGGGACCAGGA